UUAUGCUCCGUCAGAUGUCGCUAAAGGGUUCUUUUAUGUCAUGGCGGAUUUUUUCAUUACAUUUUACUCAUUUGCGGUAAUUCGUGGGUAGAUUUAUUAUUACCGGCAUAGAAUUAAUUUUAGCUCGUUCUGUUGUCGUGGUGAACACCAGUGAUAGGCCAUAUUGUAAGCAGUGAUUAAUUCGCUAUAAAUUUUCGCAGAGACGUCGAACUUCAAAUCGUCUCGAAUUUCGGUGGUCCAAGAAAAAUAGAUUAUUCAAUUUAUCGUUGCACCAUAAUUUAAUUAAUAUAUUACGCCUACAAUGACGCAGUAGCGGGUCAGAAGCGUCAGUCCGCCAUCAGAUUUAACAUUUUUAAAACAGAAAAUUAGAAUACUAUGAACGAGGGAGCGCCAGUAAUGUACCACGCAAAUGGGGAGUUUAGCCCGGGACCUAUGUACAUGAUGCCUGGUGGCGACAGACAGAGGCAAUAUCAAAUGGAUACGCUGUCGGGCGGCGAGAGAUCACGCGGUGGCGGCUCGCCCGGCCGCCUACAGGGCGCAACAAGGCGGUGGCAGCAGCGCCGCGACAGGCAACACACAUACAGGACAGACAACAGGGCAUUUGGCUAUGAUUCAGAUGACUCCAGUUUAUCUAGCAAUGCUUCUGGAUCUAACAAGUCUGCAGACAAGGGUGAAGGCACAUCACGUGAACGUAACAACGCGGGCACCGGGCCAGCGCAGCAGGGCAACUACUCGCGCGAGUGGCGGCCGCGGCGGCGCGAGCAGCACACGCGGCAGCGGCGGGUCCUGCCCGACCGGUACCCCAACUCGUCCUACUCCUUCCAGGUGAAAUUCACACCGGACGAUCUGCUCAACGGUUCAAAAUGGGAUACGCUAUCACAAGAGAUUUGGGAUAAGUUCGUCAAGUCACAGCAGACAGAGGAGACGUUCAGGAGGAAGAUGAAUCUUUGGAAAUAUCUCUAUGUCAAUAUUAGGAAUAUAUUCCCCCGGUACGGGCUGUACGUGGUGGGCUCGACGAUGUCCGGGUUCGCGCUGGACUCGUCGGACAUGGACCUGUGCCUGUACGUGCGCCCGCUCGACCACCUCGAGCCGCGCGCCCACGCCCUGCUGCAUCUCAACUACAUACUCACCUACAUCAAGAGUUUCGACCCUGCUGACUUCGGACUAGAAGCGGAGCUGAUCCAGGCGAAGGUGCCGAUACUGAAGCUGCGCGACCCGCGCAACGGGCUUCAGGUCGACCUCAACUGCAACAACCUGGUCGGCAUCAAGAACACCACGCUGCUCAACAACUUCUCCAAAACCGCUUGCAACAGUGUGGACGCCGGCAGUGGACUGGCGCGUGCGGCCGCUGGUGGCGCUGGCCAAGCUGUGGGCGCGCGCGCACGACAUCAACGACGCGCGCCGCCGCACGCUGUCCUCCUACUCGCUCACGCUCAUGGUCAUACACUUCCUGCAGUGCGGCACGAGUCCGCCGGUGCUGCCGCCGCCGCAGCUGGCCCGCGCGCGGCCGCACAACCGCUGCACGCUCGCCGAGCUCUUCCUCAACAUGCUGCGCUACUACGCAGACUUCCCGUACGCGACGAUGGCGGUGUCGGUGCGCGCGGGCAGCCGCGUGCCGCUGCCGCGCCCGCGGCCCUGGAAGCUGCUCUGCGUCGAAGAGCCGUUCGACCUGUCGAACACGGCGCGCUCGGUGUACGACCCGGAGACGUUCGAGAAGAUCGUGGCGACGUUCCGCAGCAGCUACCAGCGGCUGGCGGCCGGCCUCCGCCUGGCCGACGCCUGGCCCGCGCCCGACCGAUGACCGCUCGCGCCCGCCGCCACGGACAAACGCCACUAUGACUAUUAUAUGUUCACGUUCCAUAGUGCCAUGUCGUUGAGUAAUAUUAUUUUAGAUUAUGUAUUUAUUGUUGCCCGUGACAGUUUUCAAAUUGUUGUUCCGUUGUUCGCGGUGGCCGAGUGACGGUAGCGGCCGCCUCGGUAGCCGCGCGUCCACGUACACGGGUCCCGUCCGGACGGGCCGCGUUCCUUUCCUCCACUUCCGGUGUUGUAAAUAUUUUUUUCUCGUACCUGCUCGUGAACAGAGGUAGUAGCGGUCCUUUGCUGCUUAGGGAUCGCGGCGAGCCCGUCCGGCCGAGUCUAUAGGACUAAUAGUGAUUCUCCGUGUCGACUUGAACAUGUUCGCGUAACUUCCGAGAUAAAUGUACGUUUGAAAACUGUACACGUUUCGAAUUUAAACUUGCAUGUAAUGGAGCGCUGCCAAAAACAUCACUCACACCUCUGUAAUUGUGAAGACUGAAUAGUGUCCGACCGCGACUCGUAUUAGCAGGACGUAGUAGGGGACGAGCCGCCGCACACUGGGUCCGCAUCAAAAUUAGUCCAAAACGUAUUCGAACACCGGUAGGAUCGCCCACAGGUGGCGUUCACGUUGUGUUGCUAAAUUUGUCACAGGUGCAUGAUCAGAUUUUGAAAGAAAUAUCUUAUUUAUCUGCGCUCGUACCUGUUACUACUUUAGGUGUCAAACCCUAGUAGUUGUAAUAUAAAUCGGUCUAUAAACAUUUUGCUACAUUAUUUUAAUCGUAUUUUGAUGUGGACUGCACCGUCGGGCGGGGUCGUUUGCGCCCAUUCGCUUAUAAGUUUUUGUUAGUACGUGCGAAGGGACGCAAGCGCCGCCGGCGGGCCUCGCGUGUAUGUGGAUCGUCACUUGCAUAGUUGAUUGUGAAUCCCUGCGUACCAGUGACUGAGGGUCGGGUCGAGCGCUGCCUCUGCCGCGUCCUAUACGUUUUUAUUGUUCAUAUUGUUUAUUUAUAAGUUAUUUAAUCUGUACACGGUAAGAAUGGAAGUUAACAAAAAAAAAAGCAUAUUAAUAUUGGAAUGUUUUAGGGUUCGUAUGUUUUAUGUAAAUAGUAUUUUUGUGGUGAGCAAUGAGUAAAUGAUAAAAAAAAAAGAAUGUUUACGAAGUUAGUGCGUCGUGUGUGGGGAUGCAGCCAGGCGGCGGGCCUGCGGCGGCGUAUCCGCUCGGAUCGCCUGCAGCGGCGGCCUCCUGUCCCUCUACUACUAAACUAGCUUGUAGUGAUGCUGUAUUAAGGUGCUACUAGUGUAACUCGCUCCAGUAAUACAUUUGAAUGGUGCUAAAUUGUUUUGUUGCCUUAUGAGACGGGCGCCUGCCCUAGCGCCCCCGUAGGUAUAUAUGCCAUGUAAAUAUACCUGACGGUUCAACCCGCGGAGUUCCUAUAUGGGUGAUAUAAAUAUUAAUAAGCAUAUCUUUGCUAUGGCAAAGAAUGUAUCAUUUUUGUUCUCGCUUAAUAUGGGAAUUCUGUGUCGCGUUCGGGAGUGUAGUCCAGAUUUUAUGCCUCCAAUAUGAGGUUACUAUUGUAAAAUGUUAUUCACAUAUCUUUUAUGUAUUAACGCAAACUAUGAAACUCACUCUCGUGUUUGUUGCUGGGUUCACGUAACGCGAGCGAAUUACUGCCGGCCGCACACGUUACGAACUACUAUUAGCUUAGUGUGAGCAGUACGAUCGUAACGUGCGUGUCCGACAUUAGUUGUGUAAAGUAUUUCACAGGUGCCCUACUCGCUGUUCGUAUAAUGUGGACUCGAAUUUAAAUAUUCUCAUAUUAAACUGUUCAAACUGUCGAACGUGUAAGCAGUGUAGAUCUCCCAUGAAUUAUUGAUUGGUGUUCGACAGGUAACGUGGUAUAUUUGGGAAUGUUUAUUGCAUUUAAAUUUAUAUCUGUAAAUGUACUAGUAAUUUAUUUUAGAUUCUCUUAGUCGUAUGUAUCAUAGUAUCCUGGUGUUAUGGCAUCAUACCGAUAUGUUUCAAGCGAUGCCACAAAUCGUUAAGUUUGCUAUCAAAGGUUUAGACUCGAAAUUGUUCCAAUCGGAUUGGACAGCUCGCCAGGCGAGCGAUAGUGGGCCGCGACCGCACAGCCCGCAAGCACGAUGACCACCGACGUACACACGCCUGGCUAUCUUAUACGCAUAAGUUUUAUAACGAUUUUACAUAAGAGGCACUUGGCCGCGCUGAAAUAAUAAAAGUACAAUAAAUAAUUUUUAAAAACGAGCUAUAUAUAUAUAUAUAAAUAUACAUAUAUAUGUAAGAAAACUGAAUAAUAGAGUAAUAAUGGAAAGUGUCUCAAAAACUGUUUAUUUUGAAAAAAUAUAUAAAAAAAAGAUAUAAAUAAACAAGAAAAAAAAUACAAUUGAAAAAACUACAAAAAAAUUAAAAAAAAAGUUUAAAAACAAACAAAAAAAAAAUAUACAAAAUGAAAAAUCUUAAAAAAUUUUUACUUUGACUUGUACCUAGGACUAUUGCAUGUUUUUACUUAAAUUAUUUGGGCGUCCAUCUGCCUCGAACAUUCGCCGUCAUAAGCAAACCUGUGUGAUCGUUCGUGCAACGAAUUGGUAAACUCGCAACAUUGUUAACAGCGGCUGUGAGAUUUUACGACGUGCAUCAACAGCAGCACUUUUCGCUCUAAACCCCACCCUACCACCAUUUUCGCUUAUGAUCUAUGGGGUAUUUUUAUCGCCCGCGAUCAUUUUACAAUCUAGCCCCAUCAUGAAUUUGUAGCUUUUAAAAUGACCGCGCGGCACUCUCUGCAACCAGUUCCUAACAUAGCACCUUCCUAUCCAUGAAAACAGUUUGUUUUGUGAUAUCAACACCUUGAACAGCUGGCUUGCUUUUUCUAUGUUAGACAUGGUGCUAAAUGUUUUCUACUGUCCAAAUCUUCGGCAGUAGAAUUUUUCAAUUUUUAGAACAGACAGGCACGAACGCAUUGAUUGUACGCACAUCGUAAAUAUUAGCUUCAGAGAAUGCCACCAUCCAGUUUCAGAUUGCAAAUUCUUGAACGUUCUACCGUUAAAAGUGUGGACUUUAUCGCAACCCCAGUGCUUGACACCACUUCUUGCGCCUAGCAUAAGUGGGCAGUGUUUACAGUCCCGCCUUACAAUACUUACAGUAGAAUCCGCGAGCUGAUAUGCGACCUGCCUGUGCCUGACUGAAUCGCGCUAUAUAGCAAUAUUUGAUUAAAUAAAUAAAUAUUUUUGGCAGCAAAAUUAACGCAAGUGAUCCACGUGGCCACAAACAAUAAUCGACAAAAUCUCCCGUCCCACUAGACGAGUACAUAAUAAUCGAUAGAUACGUUUACGAUGCCGUAUGUACGAGAUACAAUGAGACAGCAAUGUCCGGCGCCAUGUUCUUUUUCAUGCGCUCGCUAACGAAAAUGUAUCUACACAUUUGCCACUUAUCUAAGGGGCGGUUCUCUAUUUAUGGUAACACAAAUACAUUGUAAUUCCGAAUAUUAUCUGUGGUGUUAAAAAGCCCUCCUUACACGAAUCGUAAUAGGUUUUACUUUGCAUAUUUCGCCUAGUUCAAUAUGCCUCUAGCGUUGAAGAUAUUAAGACUAGAGUUUACAUAGUCGGGCCUAAGUAUGCAAAGUAAACCUGAUUUUAAUGUAUAUCGGGUUUUAUAACCUCACUGAUCCUCGUUUCAUAUUUCUUUUUUUUUUUUUUUGUAUCCUACAUAGACUAUGCACUCAGUUAACAACAAUAGCGUAAUCUGCCAUUUUCAUGCGAUUUUUAUUAAAUACAAAUUAGAUUUAACACUGUUUGUGGCCCGUAUUAAUGCAGUUUGGGUACAAUACUUUAUCACUGCCAACUUUGAAACAAUAUAAUUUUUUUUACAGUUCUCUAUUGUGUUCGAUAGAGAAUAUAUUGCAAAUUGUACUUAAAUGUUUUUUUUUUUAUAUCGUCGUUAAAUUGUGAGUUCAAGGAAAUAAAAUGCAAAUAUCGGGAUAGAUUUUUUUUUUGUUUUACGUUAUAAUGUGCGUGCGAGUAAAGACUCGCAGCAAAAGUGCUGUACGUUUGUUGUAAAUAUAUUACCUGUAAAAUAGUUCCAGCUACUUUAAUGAUUUUGAAAUUGUUUUGGAUACCUUUUUAUACGUCUAUACUUGUGUUGCAUUUUAUUUUAUUGAACAAAAGCAGUUUUUAUCAUCAUCACUGUACAAAAAAUUAUUAUUGUGAAGAAAAUAUUCUGUAAUAGUUGAAAUAUAUAUACAAACUGCCAA